UGGGAGGCGCCGGCCCGGAAGUGGGGGCCGAAGCGGAAGAGGGCCGGUCUGCCCGGUCUACGGUGGCUGCGCGGGUCCAGCCAGCGCGGAGCGGGGCCGCGGCCGGGGCGACAUGGCUUUCAAGCGCGAGGGCGACGACGUCAGCCAGCUCCGUGUGCUGCAGAAGAGGAGAGUGUCCGACCUGCUGGCCAACUACAUCCCAGAGGACGAGGCGCUGCUGCUGAGGACUGGCAGGUACGCAUGCACCGUGUGCUUCCACCGCCCCGUCUUCGACACACUGGACAUGCUGACUGUGCAUCGCGCCGGCAAGAAACACGUUGCCAGCCUGCAGACCUUCUACGGGAGGAAGCGGCGGGCGGAGGAGACGGGCACACCGGGCCUCCCAUGCCCCGCGCCCCUGCUGACUCAGACUCGCGCCAUUGCCCAGAGCGCCCUGCUGAAAGCCACUCCCUACAGCAGCUGCUGCCGGAGGAACAGGUGCAAUGGAGGCAGUGUGGGAGCACAGCCGGGGCCUGGCCUCAGGCAUAGUGACAGGAAGGCACUUCCAGGGCUCAGCAGCUCCCAGUCGCAGGGUGAGGAGGGUGGUGUAACUGUAGAUACCACCCCUGUGGUGCUGCUCCCAGGGCACAGCCACCAAGCAACAGAUGCCCAGCAGGACGCUGCUUCAAGGCCCAAGGGUAGUGGUAAAGGGAAGGCACCACCCACACCCACUCAGCUGGACCCUGUCAGCCCUGAGAGGCGCCGGGAGCUGGAGCACUACCUGCUGCUGCGGAGCUCGGGCUGGAUCCAGGACCCCUCAGGGAAGUGGGUGAAAGACGAGAAUGUGGAGUUCGACUCAGACGAGGACGAGCCGCCAGCACCAACACCCCCCUGACGCCAGGGUCACCAGGGACAAUAAGACUGGACUCUGCCUGGCUGUUUCCAGGCAGCUCAUCGGAUCACCAUGGGAAGCCCAGAGCCAGGACUGGCUCCUGGGAGGGACGGACUGAGUCAAGGCUUCCCAGUCCCCAGUGUUUCUGAGGCCGCUUGUGAAGCUCCCAAUCCCUUCAGCUUGUAAACCAGCUCCAAGCCACAGCCACUCAGCCCAAGUGAGGCAGUGGAAAAGAGGUCAGAGCAGAACCCAGGAGUCCGGCCUCCCUGUUCAGGAGCCCCAGGUGCAAGGUGCUGUACAGACACAAAAGCAAUGCCAGUCCGGCUCAGGGAGCUUCUUGGGGAUGGAUUUGUCCUGAUGGCAAAAAGAUCCCUCAAUUUGCACUCUUGUCCUGUGGUUUCUCCCUGC